AUGCCGAUUCCUUCCCUGCCUCUCUUCGCUGCGGCAGAGCAGCACGCACGCGAGAAUUCCGAGAAGAUCGCAGUCAUCGAUGCCACCAAACAACAGUGCUUCACAUUUGUUCAAUUGCUAGCCGAUGCAGCAGCAUUGAGGAAGCGCAUACUGGAGCAAUUGAGUUUGAAGGAAGAUUUGGAAGAACGGCGCAUUGCCUUCUUGGUCCCCAAUGGAUAUGACUACGUCGCUACGCAAUGGGCCGUGUGGGCGGCAGGAGGUGUCUGUGUUCCACUUUGCACAAGCCAUCCUGUUAAGGAACUGCUAUACACCGUCGGUGAUUCGGACCCCUCGUUGAUUCUUGUGCAUCCGCAAUUCGAGAAGAUCGCACCCGCACUGCGCGAAGGAUGUGCCACCGAUAUCCCCUUCAUGGGACUCGACCCCUUUUCGCGCAAUGACGCACCGACUUUGCCCUCGUUUUCCCCGCCCUUUGCGCUCACCCGACGCGCCCUGAUGAUCUACACUUCGGGCACCACAUCAAACCCCAAGGGCUGCGUGACCACACAUGAGAUCAUUACAUUCCAAGCAAACUGCCUAGUGAAGGCCUGGAAAUACACUUCCUCAGACCGUCUCAUUCAUGUGCUGCCACUCCACCACAUCCACGGUAUCAUCAAUGGACUGGCUGCCAGUUUCCUGAGCGGGGCCACCGUGGAGAUGCAUCAGAAGUUCGAUCCGAAGGUGAUCUGGGAGCGGUGGCAGGACCAGGGCUCUUCGACCUUGUUUAUGGCUGUGCCGACCAUCUAUUCCCGUCUGAAUGACUACUUUGAUGCUCACAUCCGCGGCACGGAACAAGAAGAUACCGCGCGAGCCGGUGCUCGUGGGCUGCGGCUGCUCGUCAGUGGAUCUGCGGCACUUCCUACCCCCAUCAAAGACAAAUUCGCCGAAAUUACUGGCCAGGUUUUGUUGGAGCGGUAUGGAAUGACGGAGAUCGGUAUGGCGAUCAGCUGCGGGCUGGAGAUUGAGAAGCGAAUCGAUGGCAGUGUGGGAUGGCCGUUGCCCGGCGUCGAGGUCCGCUUGACUGACAAGGAAACCGGCCGAAUUGUAGAUGAGGUGGAUGAGGACGGGAUGAUCGAAAUCAAGGGCGGAAACGUCUUCCGCGAGUACUGGCGGAAACCAGAGGCGACAGCCUCGGAGUUCACAGCGGAUGGAUGGUUUAAGACUGGCGACGUGGCCAAGCGCGAUUCCAACGGCGCAUACUUCAUCCAAGGCCGCGCUUCUGUCGACUUGAUCAAGUCUGGUGGAUAUAAGAUUUCAGCCUUGGAAGUUGAGCGGAAGAUGCUGUCCCUUGAUGUGAUUCAGGAAGUCGCCGUAGUCGGACUGGCCGAUCAAGAAUGGGGCCAGCGAGUCGCUGCCGUUGUCAAGUUCCGAGAAGGGGCUACACCGCUGGAACUUCCUAUCCUCCGUGCUGAGCUCAAGAAGGAGAUGGCUCCUUACAAGAUCCCCACCGUUCUGAAAGUUGUGGAUGGGAUCGAGCGCAAUGCCAUGGGCAAAGUCAAUAAGAAGGUCAUUGUGCAAAAGUACUGGCCAGACAAGGCAUGA